AUGUUUGAUUUUGAUGAUUCCAUGCUUAGUAAUAAUUUGGAAGGUAGAGAUUAUAGUACAAGAAACUCAACACAGAGGAAACCAGUGCAAAAAGGAAAGCCACAACCACUGACAAUAUUCAAUGAAACAGAUUUAGGUAAACAAACAAAAGCAAGUAAGAAACCACAGGGGACUGAACAAAAGUCACACAGACACGAAAAAACGCCACACGACGACCGCCUCGCCUUUACUACUGGCCGCCACAACGACAACCACCACGCAAGAAACAACAACAGCAGCAGAUCUAAUGAAAAACACAACGUCAAAUUCAAAAACACAAAUAAUAAUAAUAAAAAUAAAUAUUAUAGUAAAAAUAAUAAUUAUAAUAGUAAUAAUAAUAAUAAAAAGAAAGAUUGGAUUAAUAAUUGGAAUGCUGCAGAUGUGGGAAACAGUUACGUUGAUAAGAGAGAGCUUGUCACCCAUGUUAAUCAGACCAAUGAUUUAGCUGACAUGUCUGAUGAUUUGAAAAACUUAUGCAAGAAGUAUCGAACGAUGGAGGAUUGGAUGAGGAUUCACUCGUUAAGUUAUUUGAAACUCGACAUGAAACACCUGCUAUCUCUGGCCAAAUUCAAAAGACCGAAAAUGAGUAAGACAACCGGAAAGUUACAGCAAUGCAUGGAGUUUCAGCGGUCUGAUGUGGAUAGCUUCCACAGCCGACUUCAAGCGGCAAUUGAAGAAUACUCGGUGAAAAUUAAAGAAUACUUCAAAGGAACAAAAAGAUAUUUUGGCGAUGUGAGAGGUGACAGAGUAGCAGUCGUGCUUGACUGCUCUGAAGAUAAUUUCGUGCACAACAGGCGAAUGUUGUACAUCAGUGCCUUGAAACGGAUUAUUUGUAUAGCGCCUUUUCUUACUGCUUCUUCUUUUCCGACUGCUACUACCGCGACUGCUACAACAACUGCUGCUUGUGCUGCUACAGUUGCUACUUAUAAAGCUACUUCUAUUGCUACUGAUACUACUGCUAAACAACUAGUGCAAGAGCAGUUAUCAAAUAGGAGGAGUUUAUUCUUGGCGGCUUACAACAGCAGAUAUUAUAAGUUGUGGAGUUCUCCGGAGUUUAUAAGCCAAACAAAGCCUGAAUGCGGCUUGCAGAUGAUAUGUGACUAUGUUGAAAGGAGGCUGCUAUCCUUGAAUGUGUGUGUGCAUUUUGUAUCUUUUGAAUGCUACGACGAAGCUACUAAUGAGUUAAUGAGAAGAUUUGCCAGCGAUACGGGCGGUGUCUACCAUUGCUUCAAUAAGAGAUUCGAACAGAAGUUGAAUUACACGAGCUCAGAGCUGGAAUUGCUACUUAAGGAGGUAAAGAAAUGCCAGCAGGUCCUCCUCUCCAUAUACAACAUCAGGACCGGAAUGCUUGGAACUGCCAUCGUUAAAAUCAUUGAGGAGAUCAGCCAAGAAUUGAGUCAAUAUCCUUUCAACCAAUCACUGCCUUCAAACCAUUUCCAGCCCCUCCAACUCGAGCCAAUCACAUUCAAGCAAGACACCUCACAUGAUUGGCUGUUGAGAAAUGGGUUAAAAGCCAAAAACCUUGACAUUUACCAAGUCUUAUCUCGCAAUGCCUUCUCCUACCGUCAGCAGUUUGUGCACGUGACGGGGAAAACCGUACAAUCAUUGGUCAACGAACGGGCGAUGGUACAAUUUCAUUGGUCGGACGGAUCGAUAAAAAAUGUUCACGUGAACUUUCUUGAACUUCAAAAGUAUCAAGGUCAACUCGGAGAGAUGGUCGGAUUGCUGGAAAAGAGGGUCGAGUGGCUGGAGAAAGGAAGUAGAAGAUUGUUCGGUAGUGUUACUGAAGAAAAAUGUUCUUUGGAAAUUAAAAUGUGGAGGAAAACAUUGGUUGAACCAAAUGGCGAUCAGCUGCAAUUAGCCUGGAAAUGGAUACAAUCGUUGAAGUGCUCGGGCAGUCGCAACACAUUGAGCGGUGUAAUGAUGGUCAUCGAGAAUGAUGAGAUGACCAAGUUCCCUCUAGGUUUAUAUCUGAUGACCACGGGUGCCCCAGACCAAUCACGUGAUUUGGUGACGUCAUACUUGGAAGAGCACUGUCUGGAUGGUGACGUAAAACUUCACGUCAUCUACACUUCCGUCGAUGAUUACGAACCCGCCAUCAAACGACUUGACCUUUCACCUUACCCGAAUACGGGGGGCUACAGGGCAAUCACAAACGGCACCCCUAUUUUAAAUGACGUCAUGAUCUUUGACCCUAAUUCACCCCUAGUGCCGCCAGCUAACUUAACCGACUUUUAUGACAACUUACGAUUUACGGAUCAACUAAACCAAAUAGCAUUCAAUAAACAUGCCAACCUGAUUGCUGAUCAAGAAACUGGGUCAGAGCGACCCAGAUAUAUGUCAAGGAACGUAUCAUAUAUCAAUCCAAGCAUUGCACCAUUAGACACAUUAUUUACAAUCAUAAUAGUCGUAAUAUUAACUCUACAACUCAAACAAAACUCCAACCAAUCAGACAUCAUAGAGAGCGAUGACGUCACGCUCUUGAGGGACGAAAUGGAAAAGGCGAAAGAACAUUCUAGAAAGUGCACGCAGCUUGUUGAAGCCGUCAGAUCAAAAAAUCGUCUGUUGCAUGAAGAAAAUAGAUCACUCCUCUCACUAAAGCAAACUAUUUUAUCGGCGGCCAGACAGAACCAUAUAAACGAAAAAGAGAAAAUCAAAAGAAGGGUCACAAAGAACUUGGCCUAUAUGGGCGGGUCAAAGUUCAGGCCCUCGAGUGCCCCUCAAGAAAGUUAUGGUCGAGUCAGGGGUGAGAAUAACCCGUCGGAUUAUGAUGAGAAAGACACAAACGUAUAUAGACACAUAUUACUGAAAAACGAUCAAUUGAUUAUCAUUGAAAACGAAGUUAAAGUAUUGAUAAAGAAAUAUUUACUAAGACUGAAAUGGCUCUACACAGGAAGCCGGAGAUAUUUCGGUCAAAUUUUAGAAGAUAGUUGCAUCAUCAUCAUCGACACUUCCGGUUCGAUGGUUGACCACGUGACUGAAGUUAAAAGUGCACUGAAGCUGCUACUGGACGAGCAGAUCGCCCACGUCUGCAAGCUUUUCAACAUCCUAACCUUUUCAAACGAAGUUCGUGCCUGGAAGUUGCGAAUGACUGGAGUGAACGAGGAGACGUUGAGGCAAGCGAGGGAGUGGGUUGAUGAGAACCUCAAUGCUCACGGAAACACGUGCACUCUCCAUGCACUGCAGAUUGCAUUUAAAAUGUCGGAAGCCAGCUCCAUCUACUUGCUGACCGACGGGCGCCCAGACACAACCAUGUCGCUGAUUGGUCAGGAGGUAGGUCAGAUGAAUAUUAAUAAGGGCAGUAAUAACCGGGUCAAGGUCAACACUAUAUCUUUCAACUGCAAUGAUGAACAAGCCAAUUCAUUUUUAAAAAAACUGGCACACGAGAAUGGUGGUAGGUACAUGCGACUCAGCCCUGGUCGUAAUGUUUCAUUGUUGUUGGACACCAUGGUAACUCGGGGCUUUUCAGAUUAUCAGCUGUCAACAUUGGGCGCAGAGGAGGGAGAUGACGUGGAGGAAGUGUGCAAGGAAGUCAGCAAGCUCUCCACGAUUCUCAACGACAUCCACAACUACAAGCAGUUAAAUAAUGAAUGGAACAUGACGUAG